GUCUACACGGCGCGGUGCGGCGCGGGGCUGCGCUGCUACCCGCCCCGCGGGGAGCCGCGCCCGCUGCGCACCCUCAUGCACGGCCAGGGCGUCUGCACCGACCUGGCCGACGUGGAGGCCAUCCAGGAGAGCCUGCAGCCCCAAGAGAAGGAGGAGAUCGAGCACCCCAACAACAGCUUCAGCCCCUGCAGCCUCCAGGACCGCAAGUGCCUGCAGAAGCAGCAGGCCAAGCGCGUCGGCAACGGCAACAAGAUGAGGAGCAGCGGGAGCCACCGCGAGGAGACCCGGCCCAUAUGUCACCCGGCACUGGACGGGCAGCGCGGCAAGUGCUGGUGCGUGGACCGCAAGACCGGCGUGAAGCUGCCCGGCUUCCUGGAGCUCAAGGGCGACCUGGACUGUCACCAGGCGGCCGACAGCAUGUGAGCGUCGCCGACGGGGCCCCG